CGCACUGGCAGUUCUUGCUUGCCAGCGGUCGUUGGCGGUCGUACCGUCAUUUGUUCUAGUGCUGUGAGUGAGUGAAGUGUUAACGGUAUAAGUGAAGCGGUCGGCACUACAGAUCGCUUGGAGAUGGUGAGCAACUGAAUCAGAUAAAAACAAGUCUUCACAACAGAAACAAUGCCUCGUCUAGAACAAUCGCCGCCGGAGGAUUUCCGUAGGGUCCUGCGCGAGAAAGCGCUCAGCCACAGUCUGUUUUAUCUGAAACUCGGCGCAGGAGUGUCGCCGCAGCACGCGCGGGAGUCGCAAGCGCGCAGGAUGAGCGGCAGUGCGGUUGCGCGCGCGCCGCCGGCUGGCCGCGUCACACGGCAUGCGCAGCCCCGCGUUUCCGAGCUCUUGCGGCGCUUCGAACCCGGACCCAUGCAGUAUCUCCGCCCGCCGCGGGCCACGUCUCCUCCCGAGGACAUCUCAUCAUCAGAUGACGACGACAGAGCCGCUGUCAGGCGGCGAAGCCGUGACUUGAGCGACGACUCCGCUGUGGAGUUGGAGACGCGGCUGCGAAGGCAUUCCCAUCCGAGGGACAUCACUCCGCCUCCUGACGCCAUGUCCCCGAGACGGGAGAGGACUCUGAUUGAGGCUCACGUGGUGGAGUUGGGACGGAGGGGGAGUGAGGGGUGUGAGACCAGAGGGCGAUGCGUGAGGACGCCCAGCGUGGUCGUCAGCGACUACUCCGACGGCGUGGCCGUCGGUGCUACUCAAGAAGAAGUGGACUGGCUGCGAUCCAGGUCCCUGUCAGCCGACUCCGCCUGUUCCUCGUGCUCCACGUUAUCCAGUCGCGACGAUGAGGAGUUCGAGUCCCCGACUAUGCCAAAAAAGAUGAUAAGCACGGACUGAGGGCACCUUGACCUGAGCGACCUGGGAGGCAGGGCUGCUGGGCGGGUGUCGGGACCAGUGUAGGACGGGAUAUGCGCCUUGGCAAUUUGAGGGAAAAAAUUCCAGGGAAACUUUGGUAAAAAAUAAUGAUAAUAGUUUUUCAUUUUAAUUAGUAGAGGAAGUAAGAGUUCUCUAAUUUGGCAGUAUAAAAAAGUAUUUAUUUUUGUAAUGCAAUUUGCUGUAAAAAUCCGAAAAGAAAUUUCUUUGUGAAAGAGAACGUGUCAGUAAAAAAACUUUUGACUAGUUUUUGUUGUUCAGGAACAACGUACACUGUGGACAGUGUUGUUUUAUUUUUGAUUGUUUAAAAAGAUUGCCAAGGCGCAUUAUCUUAUUAAGGAUAUCCUUAUUAUAUUUAUGUUUAAGUAACCCAUAAUUUAUGAUGAUUAUGAUGACCAUUUCGCUGACAAUCUUGGAAAAGCAUCACUGAAAAUUACUGCUGUGACUUUUCCUGAAUAAGAUUUCCUUAACUUUUCCUGAAAAAAAUUUUUAGUUAUUAUACUUCAAUUUAAAAAGGAUUUCUGUUAUAUUGAGUACGGCAUCUUUAAAUUUAAUUUAUUUAUUCCAAGGUUUACUUGGUAAUUAAUUAGUUUGUUGUUCAUUAUUAUGUAUUCUAAAUCUUGCAUAAAAUUAUGCAUAAAAUUAAAAAAAAAUUAUCUGUCAAAAUAAUUUAUAGAAUGUCGUAUUAAAGUUUGCAGCUUUUCUUAUGGUCAUAAAAAUAUGAGAUCUUUUGUAAUAAUGCAUGUUAAAAUUUUACUCAGUUCUAGAUAUAUUAUUAUGACUCAGUUCUUAUUAUUAUGUUAGUUUAUUUAUUUAUUUAAGAUAUUUCUAUUAUUAUAAUUAAUUUUAGAGUCCCAUAUUUCAUAUACAUAUAUGUAAUUUCAUUAAUCAGCAUGUGAUAUUCAAAGACAUUCUUAUUGUUUUUGUUUAAACUAUUAAAUACUUAAGUGAGGUUGUUAUUUAUGUUAAUUCAUUAUUAGAUAUAAAUAAACACUCAUUAUUAUUAUUUUAAUUCUUUGGAGAGUAAUUUAAAAUGUACAUUUAACUAAAGGCAAUGUAGAUUCUACAUGUACUCGAUAGAUUUUUACUAGAAUUACUAAUCCAAAUAAUAUUAUAAUUCUCAUAAUUGUAUUUAAUAAUAGCACAGUUAGGUCGCUAAUUUUAUUAUGAUUAUUGUUUAUCAUACUUACGUUUACCGAAUGAAGUAUUAUGCGUUAGUGUAGAUAUUUUUAUUUAAUUACUUAUUUCCAAAGAUAAAAAAAUCAAGAAUAUUUGAAGAAUACUAACAUAUCAUUGCUUUUAGAUAUAAGUUCUAUUAAAAUUAUGAGAGGAUGAUUAUGAUUAUUUUGUAGCUGGUAAAUUGAUGAACUUAUGUUUUUAAAUUAUAUGACUGUUUCUGUUGAUUAUUUUCCUCAUAAUUUUAAAACUAAUUAUCAUAGAUGUAGGGUUAAAGUCUAUAAUAAUGCUUGAAAUCUUACGUGAAUCUUAUUACCUACUUAUUAUGAUUAUUAAUUAAUAUUAUUCAUAACCAGUGAAAACAUUCCAUAAUGCUAUAAAUUAAUAAGCAUAAUCUGUGACGUCAGAUUAUCAAUUAUGAAAUCCAAUUAUGAUUGUACUUUUAAUUAAUUUACAUACUUGUAUGUAUGCUGAAUAAAUUUUAUCAAUUGUU